AUGUCUUUCCUUCAUGGUGUUCUUGAGAGUGUGAAGGAGGAUGAUGCUGUGAAAACUUAUGAUAAUAAUGAUAUUAACAAUGUUAUUUCCUCUCUUAAGACUAAUGUAGGUCAAGGCCGUCAGGCCUUCCAGGCCGCCGUGGAUAAGGUGGACCAUAAAACUACGGAUGUCUUCAUGGAAUUUAGUAAGUUUGGUCACACUAGCAUCGUAGAGAAAAUUAAUUACAUUGCAGGUGCUCAAGGCAUGAAGCUCCAAGACCAGUUGACCUCCUGGAGGUCAACGCUCACUGGACUAGAUGCACAAUUAGAAUCACUCAUAACUCAUAACGUUAAUGUCUUAGAUCCUGUGUUGCGUGACAAAUUGAUGCAUAAGAUAGAGCCUGUGAAAAGCGCCGUGCAGGUGCUGAAGGGGUCGGCGGACAGCAAGGAGCUGGAGGGGCAGGUGAAAACUGUAGAUUACACUUUGCACGUUCAGUUCUCUGCAAUUUACAACGCACUAUAUGAGCUAACGAAAGUUAGAAAUGCGCAUUUCAAUACCAUUACGGAUUCGUUGAAUGCUUCCCGUGAGUUAGUUGAGAAAGAAUUGCAUAAAUCAACGGGCACUACCACAGUCCAGAUUUUAUCGAUGUUUGAAGAAAUAAAAAUGGCGACAAGUAAUGUUUACCAUAGUUUGAUGGGUAAAAAAGUAGAUAUCGAGAGGCUUGUUACACAGGCUCAGGAGGCGUUUGGGACGUUGAAAGAGAGCGUUGGCCAGAAUACGGCAAACGAAAAGACCGGCGUAAUAGGGAAUUGGGAUAAACUGAAGGAGGAUAUUAGGAACUUUGUUUUCCAUCACAUAUAUGGGCAGAAUGCAACUGAUGGAAUAAAAGGGAUUGUAAGCGGUAUCGGGACGUAUGCUAGUGGCUUCAGUGGGAAGACAGCGUUUGGAAGAUUAAUUGGAGAGUGGGUAAAUGAGAUAGUGGAUAAAGAACCGAUGAAGGGGUAUAUUACGGCAUAUGUUACCAAAAACAACGAUGAAAAGAAAUUUAGCGGUAACCUAAGUGGCGGUAGUGUAGAUGACAUGGUAUCCCACAUGAAUUCGAUACUUAAAGAUAAGGUCGCCGAUGCGCUUAAGCAAAUAAAGCCCAAAACAUUGCUGGGAACCAACAGCACUGUAGAUGGAGAUUUGCAGGACGUUAUAGAUUUUCUCACACAGUUCUUUAGUAAAGUUAUAACACAGGAGAGUACAAUAAUUACGGCUGUUGAGGAAAAGCUCGGGGAGGAUGAGCAUUUGUCAAUGACCACACCCUCUACUUCCCCGCACAAACCUUAUCUCGUCGACGCCGUUAAAGCCACACUUACUGCUGUUGCCUCUACUACCAAGCAACUCUCUGCCCAAUUACAGAAGUUCAAGAUUACGUCCAAAAUUGCCAACCUGACGCAGGUUCGGCAGCGCGUCGGUGAAAUCCCCGGGAAGCUCUACGACGAUUCCAGCCUUGGGCAGCAAAUUACCAACGCAUUGCUUGUUGUCAAAAAUAAGAUCGAGUUGCUUACUCCGAUAUUGCAGAAUACUGGCGGCACACUUAAGGCUAAAGUCGAGGAGAUACAGAACGAAGUUAUUAAUGACCUCAAUGACAUAACUAUAAAAGAGCAGAGCACCAUUAACAGUAAGAAGCAAUCAGCAAAAGAGAAAAUGGAGGAGUUGAAAAACAAAAUUGAGAACAAACUGAAGGAUAUUAACGGGGCCGUCGUAGACGCCAAUACAUUGUUGAAAAAUGCUAUUGACGGUGUAGAAACAGUCGUGAAAACGGCACAAGACACCAUCAAACAAGCCAUUCAAAAACUCUUCGCCGAGCAGCACGUCGCCGACCUGUCGGCGCUGCAUACGCUGGUUGAGCAAAAAUUGGCGGAGGUGAGGAAAAUAAUCGAUGAAGAUAAAGUGACGGGCGUAAAGGGUUUCUUCGGUAAGAUGGAAAAGUAUUUCGUCAAGAAAAUUAACGAUUUCUUCCCCAAGCUAUUAGAACUCCAACAGCCAGCUGAUGACCCGUCACAGAAGAAAACGCUGGCCGACCUGUCUGAGACAGUGAAUAAGGCUUACGGAUUCUUCUUCCACCAUUUGCAGCAGCAGACUGAUUUUGUGUCCGACUUCGAAAAAAUAAAACCGUCCGCCACGGCGCUGCAUACUCUGCUUGAGAAGCUUGUCACCUCACAGCACUUCGACUACAAAUUUAGAGAUAAUUUAGAUAAACUUAAAAUUCAACUCGAGGCAUUAAUUCCGCAUACAUUCGGCGAGGGACAGGCCCCUGCAAUCCUGGAAGCGUUGCGAACAGGCUUCCAUCCACUGGUCAAGGAGCUGGGUAAGGCGUAUGUCUCCAGGUACUCAGGUUUGAAGCUUCGCCAGUUGGUGGACGACAAAGACUCUGGGUCACCCGAAAAAGGAAAAAUAACGGUGUUGAAUGAGGAUGGCAUAAAUUGCGCAAAAACCUGUCUGACAAGUCUAAAAAUCCUCCAAGACGAGUUAAGUUCUUUGAGGGAAAUGUGCGAAAAGGACGCAACCCGUGGUGGCUGGAAAAUGUUGACACUGACUCAAAAGGAUGGCAACAGAUCGAAUCCACUCGGCGCCUUUUUCAAAAACAGUGGAUACAAUGUGCCGCAAAACCAGGACACUCAGGACGGAGAACUGCGGAACAAGAAAGAGUGUCACGGCAACUAUAUUCUUGAUAGUCUACUUAACAGCACACUUAAAACAACUGACCAGACUAGUAAACACCUUAAAGUGUGUGAAUCAAAUAAGGUGAAAGGAAAAGAUAAACCAAAGAAAGAUGAUAACUUCAAUCUCUCUGACCUACUUAGCUGCCUUCAUAGUCACCUAGUAGAGUAUUACUCCGUCGGUCACAUAGCGAAAUUCGCCUCUAAAAGGCACCCGUGUAGCAUAUUUGAGAUGCUUACAUGGCUCACUGGGCUUCCACACAAUAGUGUCUAUAAACCAACCACAGAUCACAUCACUACAUUGUUCCUGGUGGACGAUGAGGCAAAUCCGACGAAAAAGAAGAAUGUGCCCAUAGAUGCAUAUCCAUCAUCAUUCACCGAUAAAAAUGUACACCAUGCCUUACAGCAGAUUACAUCCUACUCCCAUUUAAUAUUGACUAGAAUACUCGGUACCGGCGACGCCCAUACUAUCUACGCAUCUGACUUCUCAAACAACCACCUAGGUUUACACUAUCCGAAAAGGGGAGAAGAUUGUCUAAACAUGAUCCUGGACAUCCUCCGUAGAGUAUUUCCUCCACUUAGAUUUCUGGAGAGCCGAUGUAAUAUCAGAACGUCAGAUAACGGCUGGCGCAAUUGCCAGUACGGUAGAGAUGUCUCAUUUGCAAAAUCGCACUGCAAUGAGCAUCCCAGUGAUGAGUCCGACUGCCGUCCCAGAUCGCCGUUGAUGUCAUACCUAAGUGAUAGUUUGCCUGGCCACCUACCUCACCAUCUCACCCAGAUUGGUUGCAGAUCAUCAUGCAGCACGUGUACCAAAGCGACGCCCGGAAUGCCAUGUUUGACACCACUUGGGUUCCGAGGUUUCUCUGGAAGUACGCGCCUGGGCAAAGAGCUGGGCAAUGUGCUGAGCAAAAUGUUCGACGAGUCCCAUAUUUCAUGCAUCAUGUCCCUUUCACCCAAACCACCAGCAACGAUAGCUGAGCACUUUGGCUUCGCGUUAUCAAUUGUAAUGGGUAUUAACGUUCCGAAAACCAGAGCAUCGGAAAAAGCAAAAUUAUUGCAGACUCCUUUUGUAGAUGCAAUCGAGUCAUCCAUCACCAAGCAAUCCAUUAGCCUAUACUCCCCAGCCACCGAACUUACAGAUGCAGUAAAUAAGGUCUAUGGAAUGAGUCAAAAGGACCACAGUACAACGUAUCCUGGUCCCGAAUUUACUGAGUUGUGUAGUCUAUCAAGAAACAAUAUAUCUGCCAGUAAGGACGUGCAUUGCGCCCCUUACGUGUCCACGCUAUGCACGGAUACAUAUAAUUACCUUCCCAACAAGCACUCUAACCUCUACCUCUCUUGGAUGCUCUAUCUCCCCUGGGAUUUCCACGAAUAUCUUAAGAAUUUGUAUGACGCCUUCUGCAACAUAGUAUGCCAGGAUUGGGGUUGUCGUUCAUGUUUGCACGGCGAAAAGUGCAAGCGUGGGCAGCAUGGUCUCACUGAUGAGAAGACGACAGCACCGCAUUGUCGCUGCAUUUCCAUAUCUCUUAACGACAAAAUUGACUUGCUUAAAAAUUCUGCUAAAUCCACUGGUAACUCACAAAAUGACUCUAAAAUCAACGACCUUAAAUCCCAAUUAAAAGAUCAUAUUGCCAAGUAUCACUCCCUUUCUGAGUCUGACAGGACUUCCCAACUCAAGGACAUCCACUCCAGGAUGGUGUCUCUUGCUGAGCUCAGUGGGAAGCUUGGCCAAUUUAUUGGCCAAAGUGACGUCAUUACUAAAGCAAUUGAAAAUGCUAUUACCACUAUUAUUGACAGUAAUGAUGACUUCAAAAGCCUUCUAAACUCUCAGUCUCCGACUCCGCAGUCUUCCACUUCCGUGCCUGCUGUGUCCAUAGAUACUGAUAAGUUUGAUGAGAAAAUUAAGCGUUAUGAAGAGCAAAUAAAGCUUCUUAAACCUAAAAUAGAAGAACAUAAAACCCAAAAAACGUCUGUCCCCGAUGACCUUAAUAAGUCUCAUGAGUCUUGUCAGUCCAAGUUGGAUGCUCUUCAGAAGCUGAAGAGCCUUAAUGAGUCAUUUGAAUCUCUUAAAAGUCCACAAGAUAAACCUUGUGAAACAUUGUUAAAUAACCUGUGCUCUGGCUUGGAGAAGUUCCUUGGUUACCAAGAAACUUCCAAAGGCUACGAUGGCUCGGGCAUCGUGUACUCGGACCUUGACAGGCUCUGCGACGGGGUGAUGUCUUUCCUUCAUGGAGUUCUUGAGAGUGUUAAGGAUGAUGAUAACGUUACAACUUAUGAUAAAGAUAAUGAUUUCAAGAAUCUUCCUUCUUCAAUCAGUAAGUUGAUGCAUAAAGGUUCUCAUGGUUUUUCGCAGGCCAUCGCACAGGUCUCCGAUGCGCUCGGGGCGUGGAGCGGUGAGCUCGAGAGGAAGACUAGCACAGUAGUACACCUAUUUACAAACCUGAGAGCAAUUAAUUUUGUAGCACUUAAAAAAUCACUUAGCGCACUUAAUGAACUUCGGCAUGAUGAACUUGGGCAGGUAGCUGAGAAGUUGCAGACGUGCUUCCGUGAUGCUUCCCAGCUUCGUACGGCUUACAAUAUGGCGAAGCAGCAAUAUGGUUUGCUUGACAAAUCACUCAUAAGUAAGCUUCAUGAUCCUGUUUCUAAAACGGAAAUGGAGGUAAAGCUGUUCUUUGAGGCAGCCACUAAUAAGGAGCUGCGUGAUGUACUACGCUUAAGCGAAGAGCAGCUUACUGAGUUAGAGAACAAUGUCAAAUAUAAGAUCGAAUAUCACGUUAGAGUUAUGCAAGGUGAAAUCAACCAAGAUUUUAAUGAUCAAAUUAAGAACCCUAUUACUGAAGUUGACAAGAAGUUAAAGGAAGUUAAGGGUCGUCUGGGAAAGUGGAUGCUUGAGGCGCAUAGCGUGCUUGAUACAGCUGUAGGUAAGGCGAGCGAAAUAUGGAAGGGAUUAGAACCCAUGGGUCGGGAGUCUACUGGCACAAACAUUUCUAAGAUAACCGAAGCUAAUUCGGAGAUUUCUAAGGUUCAUGAGACGCUUAGCAGAAUUGAAGGUUCCCUGAAUUUUUGGAUUAAGGGAGCUGAAGGAACCGUACAGAGUGCAUUGUCAAAGGUUGAAGCAAUAUUGACGGAAAUUGGCGAACGAAGUAAAAAUAAAAUGGAUGUCAUCAGUGCAAUCCAAAGUUUGAAAACACAGACCGCAACGCAUUUUCUCAACCUUAAAAGUGAGGAACUGAAAGCCAUCACGCAGCAAGCCGGUGAGCACCUCAAAGAACUGGCGAGCUCCGUAGAGGAAUCGGUUUAUCAGAAAUUAAUGCUAGAGCAGAGUUCAUAUCUUCAGGUGGCACAGACUCCGGGGAUUACACAUGGCGUUCAGCGCGAUACGCAAUUUAACGGUACUCAGUUGCAAUCUUGGAGCCAGGCAGUCUAUUCAUGUUUAACUUUCGCACAGACUAUUAUGCGCAGCAUAUCGCAAUAUCGUCACGGGUAUUAUCCAUUAAUACAAACACAGCAGCUAGUUUCGCCUAUGAUGCAGCUGCAGCAAAUAGAGCGGUCAGGUGUUCAAGACCUAUACGUCGACCUACACAAAAUCCAAUAUCAAGCUUCUACCUUUACGUUGUCUUCUACCAAAUUAAGUCAACAUCACGAAGCGAUAGAUGGUUAUGUAUCUGCAAUGACAGGUGUUAUUAGUGCAUCAGCGCAGUUUUUUCAAAGCGAAAUUCAACGUGCAUUUCAUAGUGUUACGGCUACUUUAAAUAUUGAAUAUAAUUGGAACAACGUGUCUCACGUAACGCAGCCACUUAGUGGCGCCUUGCAAAAUGGUUACGACUUUUUUUUGCAACUUCAGUCACUGUUGGGUCAGCAUACUCAACAUCCUGGGCCGACUAACAUUCAAGAGACUCUUAAAAAGUUAUCAGAACUCCCACCCAAAGUUAAGCAGUUUGAUAGUGAAUUGAUUGCUGGUAAAAAAAAUUUUGAUCGUUUGGCAGAGGAUAUCACUCGGCCUUUCGAUAGCCUACUUCAAGUUAUUAAAACGGAAUCAGAUGACUCUGGCAGAAAGGGUCUCAAGCAAUAUUUGAAUGAUGAGUUGAAAGCAAAGUAUUUCAAAGAGCCCCCCUUCCAUUCUGAGAAAGACAAUAGCAGCAUAAACAAAAUUAAUGCAGACAUUGGUACUCAGAAUGAUAACAUACCCAAGCAAACCCAAUCCAUUGGCCAAGCUGUCAAAGCAAUUAAGACGCAGCUCAGCUCUCUUAAGACAUCGUUGAAAACUGACGUUCUAGAUAAAAUGAGCGAUUUGCUAAAUAAGGGAAUUUUCGGAGACAAUGAAUGGCAGCAUGGUGCAAAGGGUGUUAAGAAAAUUCACAUGGAAAUAAAAAACAUUAUUGGUGAUUCACGUAAACAAGAAGAUACGUUGACAAAAAUUCUUGAUGACUCCGAUAACUUUUACCAAAAUGUCAUCUUAAAGAAAGCUCAAGCAGCGCUGGACGCAAUUAACAAAGAGGUCAUAAAACAAGUCCAAGAGAAAACAAAGGCAAUCCAAAAUAAAGCAAAAACCCAGUACCACACCAGAAUUAAUAGAAUGUACGAUGAAAUGGAACAAGCAGUUGAAAAACAUAUUAAGGAAAUUGAAAAGAAAAUUGCAGAAGAUUUGUCCAGCGGAGUAAAAGGAUUCCUAAGGGCCGUGAAGUAUAAUGAUUAUCCUGGCAACAAACUCCAAGCACUUAAAGAUAAUGAUGCUGUUUCACUGUUAGCCUCCGCACUUCACUCUUAUUUGAACGUUAUUUACCAUUACCUCUCCGCCGACCUCCCCAAACAUCUCCCCUCCUCCCACUACCCCUCCCAACUCUCCACCAUCCACUCCGCUGUGGACACCCUCCUCUCCCACCUGCGCGAGCAAAAACACUUCACCCACGAGGUCCCCGGAAUGCUCGCGGAACUCAAGACAUCCGUCCAAGCACUCCACUCCACAAACUUCGGCAACCCCGCGUACCCCGUGCUCGACGCUUUCCCCAAGAGCCUGGUAAAGUUCGUCGAGCAGCUGGAGAGGGGGUACGUGUCAACGUACUCUAAGCAAGAGUGGAAUGCUGAGUACUCCGGGAAAUAUGCACAAGUUUGCUUAACCGUUUUCCAUACAUGUUUCCGUAAUUUGAACAAGUUGACGAAUGGAUACCAUUCGGCAAAGAAGUCACAGCAGAUUAAUUUAGGGACCCAUUUAGGUAAAUACCUGUACAAAUGUGGUUAUAUAGUAUCUGACGAUAGAAAGCAAAACGGCGAAUUACAGAAUAAACCGGAGUGCACGGGUGGUAAUAUUGAGACGUGGCUUACCGGCACUGUGACGUCCUUAUCUGGCACCCGGAAUCUGAUUCAGGACCUUGAAUGCCUUUUCACCAACGUAGAACGAUAUAAUAGAGUAUGUCACCAUGCGACAUUUUCCGCAACCAAAUACCCUUCUAGCAUUUAUCAGAUGCUUCAUUGGUGUUCCGGGCUGCAAUAUAAUUCGGUUUAUGAAAAGCUUUGUGUCUACUUUAGAGAAUUAUUCGCGAAGCCUAAGGGGCUAAAAGAGGUAAAAUAUUCCGCUAUACCAAAAGAACAACUGAAGCUCGAAGCGUAUCCACAUACCAUCAUGUAUGACGAUUUAGAACCCGCACUUUACGAUGUUUGCUCCCGAUCCCGUACUGUACUCACCGCCAUCCUCGGCCACGGGCACGCCGGUGGCGUCUACGCGUCUCAGUUUUCGAAUAACUCACUUAGUUUAUAUUAUCCCACUAGCAUGACAACAUUAAUUUGUAUGCUACAAAAUAUCGUCUACCGCCUGUACCAGCAACUUACAUUCCUCUACAAGCAGUGUUGUUAUCCAACUAAUCUCAGUGGUUGGUCCGAUUGCUGGUAUGGCCGGGAAGUUGGCGGUUCAGAUUGGCAGUGCAAUUCCCUCCAAUGCCCAAACCAAAUACCUAACCAAAAGGCGAAGCAAAACACUAACCAAACACCUAACCAAAGUCAUAAGCAAACAUGUGCCCGAACCUGUGACCAGCACCCCAAGUGCGGCCUCAAGUCGCCGCUCCAGUCUUAUUUAGAGGAUGGGUUGCAAGGCUUUUUGCCGCAUAGUGUAACAGCUAAAAGUUCCGGCAUAUCGUGUUCCACCUGUGGUAAGACGUCACCAGGUAUGCCAUGUAAAACUCCCAUGGGUUUCCCUGAAAUCGGAUUAACUGCAUCGCAGAUGAAAACGGGGAGGGAUAUAAGACAUGUGCUUUUUUAUUUCUGUGGCGACUCAACUGCCUGCCUAACUAAUUUAUGUGGUCUCUUCCAUUGCCUUCUCCCAAGCGCUCCUAAGACCCUAGGAGAAAUGUUCGCCUUCUAUUUCAAUUUGCUGAAUGGGUGGGAGAAAAGUGGUGAGCACAGGAAGGAGGCGUUUGAUUCCGCCGUCAGUAACGCAUGUUUCAUGCGUGCGUAUGAUGAGAUGAACCAAUGUUCCGAUCUGUUUAAACAUGGGAAACAUUUUGAAGUUAGUGCAAAACAAGGAACAAAGUACGGUAUAUAUCACAACCGCGGCGAUCUGUAUAGUUUAUGUAGACCCAACGUCUCGUGUUAUGACGGAAGAAACCAAUGUGGCGCAUAUAUAGCCUCUUUGAGCACCGAUACUUGCGGAACAUUUGCGUCCAAAAAUGCGUCUAAUUACUUAUCGUGGAUUGUCUAUCUCACUGAGACGUUUUACGAUUUAUUGUGUCAGCUAAGCAAAGCUUGUCAUGGUAACUGCGGGUCAGAGAAAUCAAGAUGCCGUGUUACCGGUUGCGCCAAGAAUAUUUGCAGUUUUUCGAAACAAUCCUAUUUUGAGGAAACCCAUAUGCAACAUGAUGGCCGAUGUAAUUCCAUUCUUAAUUGCCGUCAUACUCAUCCUGCCUUGUAUGCAUACGGCUUCACAUUUGGAGACAGAACCAAUUUGGAUGGCAGAAUUGAUGACAAAGAUAUUCCGAAGAGGACGUGUAAAACAUUUAUUGUACAGCUCCAAAAUGUAUGCUCCGAUCGUUCUGUCCUCUCACAAAUUAUACACGAGACAAUUCCCAAUUUCCUCUGGAAAAUCAGACAACCCUUCUCAUAUUUGUUGCUAGCCCUCUGGUCGCUGUCGCUCCUGUACCUGCUGCACAUCGCCGUCGUCCGCCUCGACGUCCUGGGAAUACGCUCACACCUGCGCUCGCCCUCAAGCCACCGCAUCGCCGCGCAGUCGCUGCUCGCCGCCGCACGCGUCAAGGCACUCGCCAACGUCAAGUACUUCUCACCAUAA